AUGGAUCCAUCAGAAAAUCCAUUUGAUCUCGCAACAUACGUUCAAAAUUGUGAAAUUGAAGAAACUUAUAUAGUCAACCGAUUUAGAGAGCGUCGAAACAAAAUAUUGGAAGAUAGUGCACCUCGUAGUAGAAAAUAUCUCAGUAGAGAUCAUGCAGCGGCAAACCAAAGGCUAAUUGACGACUACUUUGCCAAUGAGCCUACAUAUGACGAUGCAAUGUUUCGUCGUCGGUACCGGAUGCAAAAACAUGUUUUCCUUCGAAUCGUUGGGGACCUUUCAAGUAGUGAUAACUACUUCACCCAGCGAGUUGAUGCAGUCAAUAAAGAAGGUAUAUCACCCUUAGCAAAAUGUACCACAAUAAUGCGAAUGUUAGCAUAUGGUGUGGAAGCAGAUGCGGUCGAUGAGUACAUCAAAAUAGGAGGUACUACAACAUUGGAGUGUUUACGUAGAUUCUGUAAAGGAAUCAUACGAUUGUAUGAGCAAGAGUACCUGAGAGCACCAACCCAAGAUGACCUGCAAAGAAUGCUACAUGUUAGUGAAAUGCGGGGGUUCCCAGGCAUGAUCAGGAGUAUUGAUUGCAUUCACUGGGAGUGGAAAAAUUGUCCUAAAGCAUGGGAAGGUCAGUUGAACGACAUAAACGUUCUAGAUCGGUCACCAGUGUUUGAUGACGUUGAACAGGGAAAAACUCCAACUGUGAAUUUCUUUGUGAAUCAACGUCCCUAUAAUAUGGCAUACUAUCUAGUUGAUGGUAUCUACCCUUCUUAUCCAACUUUCGUCAAAUCGAUUAGACUUCCUCAAAGUGAACCCGAUAAGUUAUUUGCAAAAUAUCAAGAGGGGUGUCGGAAGGACAUCGAACGUGCAUUUGAAGUGCUUCAAGCUCGUUUUAAAAUCAUUCGUGACCCAGCUCGCUUGUGGGACAUAGCUGAUUUGGGUAUCAUUAUGAGGUCAUGCAUCAUAUUACAUAAUAUGAUUGUUGAGGAUGAACGAGAUACAUAUUCUCAACGUUGGACCGAUUUUGAGCAAUCUGGGGAAAGUAGAUCUAAUACACCGCAACCAUACUCGAUCGAGGUGUUACCCGCUUUUGCAAAUCAUGUGCGUGCUAGAUCCGAGUUGCGUGAUCCAAAUGUUCAUCACAAACUGCAAGCAGAUCUAGUGAAGCACAUAUGGACAAAGUUUGGAAUGUUUAGUGAUUGA